UGUCCUUUGCUAUUUGAGUUGGGCAGCGAAUGUUGAUGGUGAAAAGACACAAAUAACAAAAAUACAAACAGAGCCAGAGCAUGGCAUGAAAAAGGAUACAUCAUCAUCUGCAUCCUCGUCGUCGACAAUUGUAACACUGCCACUGACAACGACGACAACAACAACGGCAUCAACUGCAUCAUCAACAUCACCACAGUCAAACAUUUACCGAAUUAAAAGACUGAAUCUGUCAAAGGAUAAACCGAAAUUACGUAAACAACAACAACAACGAAUAGAAGGACAUCAACAACAAUCGUCUCUUAUCCAACAGGACCCUGACCAUUAUGUCGACAAAUCAAAGGCAAACAUCAAGGAUACAACGGCCAUGUCAGGUGAUACUCGUCCAGCUGGCAAAUCGAAGGGAAAGAAAGUGAAAGGCCUGGGAGGAAAAAAUUCCCACAGCUUAAAUAAGAAGCUAUUAAACAAAUUGGGCUUUACAAAAGUCAAAGCACCAAACAGUCAUAACCGGAAACGUUUGGCCGUUGAAUCACGACGUCAUGCCUCACCCGAUGACUCACACAUGUUCAUUAUAAAAUUACCGCCAAAUAUGUACUAUUAUGCCAACCCGAAGCCAUCAUCUGGCAGUGGAUCACCCAAUGCCCUUCCAUCGUCAUCAUCAUCUUCGUCGUCGACGACAUCAUUCUCGGCCAACUCCGUUCUGGAUAAAAAGAAUUUCAUCAAGUCGUUGCAGGAACAAAUCCAUUCAUCCAAUGCUGAUGAUUCAACUGCAGCAGCAGCCGCAAAGGAUGCUAACGGAAAAAAGGUCUCCUUCGCCUUCCCUUCGAAUGGCAAGCCGGGACGUAUCUACCAUUGGAAUUUGCCGGUAAUUAAAAAAAUUCUCGAAGAGAAACAACAACGUUUCCCCAGUGUGGCCAAUGUGGAGCCGAAUAAAAUCCAACAACUGAUUGAUAUCCAUAAUAUACCGACCUGGUCCAAACCAUGGGAAAAUGAAUCGAUUGAGAAAUCCUAUCACCAUCAUCAUCACGACUCAAUGAUGAGCUAUAAAAAAUCGAUGAAACGUAAAUCGCCAUCGUAUUACGCCCCGGCCAAUACCGUCAACAAGAAUAGUUUCAAUAAAUAUUUCUCGGGCAAUGGCAAACCGAAAGGAUUUUAUGUCAUUAAAGAGAAUCAAAAGAAACCAUCCUACUAUAAAAAUAUUGUAUCGUAAGUUGUUCGUGGGAGAGAGAGGAGGGAAGGAAGCAACACAAUAACAAACAUUCGCCUACAUACAAAAAGUCUAAUCCUAAGCCUAAGGAAACAAACCACAA